UGCAUUAUAUACUGGGUUUGGUCAUCAGUCUCAGAGCACAGGAGUCAGCAAUUUUAUCAAUAAAGUAGAAAUAUAUGAGAAAUAAGCAUAGAUAUUACCAAUGAGCUUCAAUGUGUUAUUUUUAAUCGGGAAAACACUUUGCCAUCCUGUCACGAAGCCCAUUUUUCCUAUAUUUCUACUUUAUUGAUAAAAUUACUGACCCCUAUGAUCAGAGAUAGGUUGAUGAUCUGUAGAUAUAUGUUGAGGAUACUAUAUAUCUCAAAGGCCGCUGAACGUCUCCUUUAAUAUUGAACACGAAGCUCUUGUACUUGUUCUAGAGUUUAGUAUUAAAGCUCGCUGCAGUAACCGAGUCCAUGUAGGCGUUCAUUACCCAAUUCCUGAUGCAGACCCUAUAAAGAGUUGUACUCAACAUGGUAACAUUUAUCACAAUCUAAUUAAAAUAAGAUUUUCUCUAACCCUUACACUUCUCCAGCAGUGUAACAGUUAGAGAAGAUCUUAUUUUAAUAGAUUGCAUUUAUUCCACCCAUCCCAAGUGGUAACCAGAGGAAUUUUCAUUAGUCCAGGGUUGGUCUUAAUACCGCUGAUGAUGUCGGAGUAGAACUAGAGUUAGACCCUUGUUAUCAUUUCGUAUGAUUGCUGAUGUAGAACUAAUAUUAACAUGGAUGAUACUGAAGGGGCAUAACCCAGUACAAUUGUUUAACAAUGAGUAAUUGUUUGAUUAUAAUUGCAUGUUAAGUACUGGUAAUUGUUGCACUCUGAUAUAAUUAAUAUAAAUGUUUAUCUAUGACAUGUGCUCACUGGGAGCAUUUAUGCAAUGUAAAAGAACAAACAAAAGUAACUCAUAAGUUAAAAUUCAAAUUAAAAUAGAUUUAUUGUGUAACAGGAAGGGAGAAAAUGCAACAGACCAGACCGGGAUUCGAACCCGGGCCCCCUGAAUCUCUAGUCAGGUGCUCUACCAACUGAGCUAACUGGCCACUGGCAAUCGAACCCGGCUGACCACUACAAUUAAAAUAAAUUUAAUAGAAUUUGUGAUUUUUUUCUCAAUUCUUUUUAUUGAAUUAUGACAGAUGCUUUCAGACUAAUGGACAGUCCUGUUCUGAACAUCCCGGAGAUCCUACACCUGUGUCCAGACUACAUCGUGAUUGACAAGCCGUAUGACACUCCCAUCAACAGCGAUGACCCUGACAGGGUGUCUGUAGAAACACUACUCAGUAAAUACUACCCACACCUCAGGGACCCAACACUUAAACAUGGAUUCAGAUUCCAGCACAGACUGGACCUGGCCACUAGUGGUGUGCUGUGUUUAUGUCGCACGAAGAAAUCAGGAAAAAAAAUGUUCCAUGAACUCCAGAGGCGAUCAGUAUUGAAACAUUAUAUUGCUUUGGUCUAUGGACAUGUAGAAAGUGAAACACAGACAGUUGACAUGGCUAUAGGUAAAGAUUCCGCUGUAGAGGACAUUCACAAGAUGUGUACGGCAGACUCGGCAAGCUGUGUGGAUCAUAGGGAAGCCAUCACUGAGAUCAUUGUCAUGGAGAGAGGGACAUAUAACAACCAACCAGUCUCCAAAGUUUUACUCAGACCUCAUACUGGUAAUGAGUCUGGGGGGAACAACUUCACUGAAUCUGCACCAAGGCCUCCCGUUCCAGGGGAGGAAAAUGAAAUAGUUUCCAAUGGUGGCAUGUCCACCAGGUCAAGUGAAUCUAUGAAGAGUCAUGUGUCCACGAAGUCCAGCAAAAGUCAAACGUCCAUAAAGAGUACUGCAUCCAACCGGGACUUGACACAUUCGCCGGCAGCCACACCUAGACGAUCGGCGAAGGACAAAUCAUUUCUUUUGAGUGGUUGUGACACGGAGGAGGCUCCCUUGGGCUUCGAGCCAGAAGGGAGUGACUCAAAUUCUCCCCCAUUUCAUGAAAACAUGGAAAAUAGUUUCACCCCUCCAUUCAUGCGAUGGGCAGAAAACCUUACUUACCUUUUAGAUGAUCGUGAUGGAUUAUCAUUGUUCACGACUUUCUUGGAUCAGGAGGGAUUCGGAAAGAACUAUGUUGAAUUCUAUUUUGCAUGUGAGGGCCUGAAGAAAAGUGAACCAAUUAAAGUUCCACAAAUUAUUAAAAUUAUCAAUAGGAAAUAUUUCAAAAGUGAUAAACUACCAUGUGUCACGGAGCAGACAAAGUGUGCGAUUCAGGAAAAAAUUAAGAAGCAGGCUGUGGACAGGACAAUUUUUGAUGGUGCCCAGUUAGAAGUUCGAAAUGAAAUGAGUUGUCACAGCUAUCCCCUAUUUAUAAAAAGUGACUUGUAUGUGCAAUAUAUUCAAAAAGGAGGUGAUAGCCCUAAUAGCAACAGUUCGAGUGGCUCCAAUAGUGCUAGACCCUUGUCCAUGCCCCUGCCCACCCUACCAGAAGACAAGAUGUUGUCGGACAUUUCCACAGGCAAUGCAGCAACGGUGUGUGGGCCUCCCUCCAGUAGUAAACGACCCCCUAGUGCUAAAAGAACUAUAGAAGCCUUUAAUAGUACAAGUUUUCCUGCCCCUCCUAGGGUGCCCCCUCACCCCUACCAUGUGUCAUAUGCCCCCACCUCUGAACAGGAAAGUGAGAUUCAGAGUCUGUCCAGUGAUGCGCUCACCGAGGACACCUUGUCCAUCACCGAUACCUCCAGCAUAGACAAUGAUUCCAAAAGAUGCAAGCGCCAAAGACGGUACAUGCGAAGAGAGCACAUGAACCGAAAUCCAAUAGAAAUGAGUGUUAUCCCUAGAACUGAGAGGCUUCCCAAAGAUCGCAACCUAGCGGAGACUGACCCUCCAAGAUUUGCAGCAUUAAUAAUAGAAAAAUUAGAAAAACUCUUACAAGAACAUGAACGGAAUCGUCGCAUUGAGGAGUCCCUCAACAGAGUGAUAUAUGACGAAAAGGAUGUGGAUGAAAACGAUCGAUCGCUACUGUCCACGUCCUUAGCGCAGAAAGACCUCUCUUCUACCUCCUUAUUACCUCUCAUGACAUCUGCUGUGAUAGACGAGGACAAUCCCGACUCCAUCCUGGAGGAGCACUGUUCUCGGAUCUGGGAAAGCUCUGUUGGUCAGACUCCCAGUCGGUCCCCUGGUCGACACUCGCCUCCCAGUGUGGACAGCAGGUCACAUGAUCGCUCUCUUAGUCGCAGCAAAAACCAAUCCCAGCCAAGCUUGCCUUCUCACAAACAAACGCACAGAAAGCGACCCGACUACUAUUCAUCCUUCGACAGUGGCAUGGGUGAAGACAAGCCUGCGUUGGAAACACAUCGCCAUAUUCAUCAUCAUCACCACCAUCAUCAUCCAUCAUCCAAGUCACGGACUUUCCCAGAGUAUGAUUCACAAAAACUAUACACAGCUCCAGAGUUUGACCGAGGCCGCACCCCGAGGAAGUCUGGGAAAUGCAAACAUUCAGAUACCAGUUCUAAUAUAGACAGUGGAAUCAGUAUGAUUGAAUCUAUACCUCCGAUGCCGAAUCCAAAUGAUCCCUCUACAGAAAAGGUGCUUAAUUGGAUGAUGGACAAUGCAAGAGAGAACUCCAACUCGGGUUGUGCAGACUCGGACAAAAGCUCAUCUCACAAGCAGCGGUCACGCCCCAGUGCAUCAGCAUCUUCUGCAACCCCAGCGUACAAAUCUGGGUCAAAGAAACAGAGCCUGGGCACAAGCCGGUCAGGGUCAGUGGACAGAGGAGGGGGGAUACAGCCUUAUGUAGGACCUGGAGUAUUCAUGCCCUCCCAGCCUUUUGCAACAGAUCCCUCCAUGCCCCUCCCCACCCCACCAAAUACCACGGUGCAGUUGGAGGAAGCUAAGAGAAGGUUGGAGGAGCGAUCUAUACCCACUCCUGUCAAAUCUAGAUCAUUUGGCGGCAUCACAACCAAAGAGAGCAAAAAAGUAGCAUCAGUGUCUCAGGGUGUUGCAAGGACAGCUAUCCCGAGUACGAAAACAGUACCCUGUGAAUUGGACAUGUCUGGUGACUGCAGCACAUUAGAAAAGAAGAGCAGUAAUAAAAGAUCUGGUUCCUCCAGUGCCAACACGAGUGGAUCAGCAGAUGAGACAGUGAUUGGCUACUACCUGUGUUCCGAGCCCAUUCCGUACCGCAUUACUGUACAGGGCAGACAUAUUACGCUGGCUCAGUUCAAACAGCUGAUAGGUCGCAGAGGAAAUUUCAAGUACUUCUUUAAGAAGAGGAGUAAUGAAUUUGAGAGUGAGGUUGUGUUUGAAGAAAUUAGCAAUGAUGAUGAAGUACUCCCAUUGUGGGAUGGCAAAAUUGUCGCAAAAGUUGAUAAAAUGGAUUAGGAAAUGACUUUUUAAAUCUUCCAUAUGGACUCUCAUGCCAAUCCACUCAAAUCAUUAAGCCAUGCACUUUUAGUGCUAUAUCAAGUGUUAAGUGUGGGGCAAUGAUUUGAGAAUUUUACCUUUUAAUUUAUUCAUUGCAAUAAAAAAAAAUUUUUGUAAUUUUUAGUCAUUGCAACCCCCCCCCCCUUUUUUUUUUUUAAUACAGAUUGUCACUCUACUACUUGAAUUUUAAUUUUGUGUAAAAAAAAAAAAAGAAGUUUUUAUGGGAUGACUUUGUGUUUUCUUAAAUCACAAAUUAAAAAUUCUUUUGUGCCAAUAUUGUAUAUUUUUCAUGGAAGCUGUUGAAAAAGAAUGUAUGUCUGUGUGUUAUGAAUGAACAUGUAUAUAGAAACACAUGUAAAUAAACCAACUCAGGGGUACUUUUUGACAUGGAAUAGCCAGAUCCAUGGACAAAUAGCAAGAAAUUGUUCAAAAAUGAGAGUAGGAGUUACAUGCUCAUGGAUGCUCUUGUUGCAGGGUACAUCAAAAUUUCUUGUUGCAAAUCUGGGUAAAAAUACAUAUCUGUUCAAAAAAAUGUGUAUCUUAUUUAUUGUUAAAUAUCAACCAUCGCAUUGUAUCAGUAUUUUUUUUCUUCAUGCAAGAAAUCUUUUAACUUUCGCUUGCUUAUUUCUCUAUCUUUUGAAAUUCAUUUAGAUAGAAGAUUUCUUUUUUGAAGAAUGUUGAUUCUUGAACUGCUCUGAUAUUAUCAUAGCUUUGGAAGAAAACAAUUAAAAUCUAGAAUACUUUAAGGUUGUGUCAGAAUUCCAUUGUUCAUUAAAGAAUUUUUUUUUAUAUUUUUUGAUUAAUUCAAAAUUCUUUAUAUAGAUCGAAUUAUUCAAUUGGAUAAGAAAGUUGUAUCUUUUUAUGUGAGCAAAACCUAAUCAAAGUCUUGAGAGGUGUAGAUUCAUGUAUUUAUUUGUGUGAGGAAAAUGGUUUCAAAUGUUAGGCGUCUGUGAGCUUGAUUUUCCAUGGUGUUUUUAGGCUUACAAGUUAACAUUUGUUCUCUACAUUUAUUUUCCAGUUAAAAAAAAAAACUGGUUACAUUGUAUGCCAACUGGUAAAGAAGCUAUCUGGUUCAAACAACCAGAAAAAUUCCUUUAAUUAUCUGUGAUUUUUUUUUUUGUAAAGUAGCUGUUGUAUGGUUGUGUAUUUAUGUGGACAGCUUUAAGGAUACUUACAGUUAUGAUAUUUAAUGUAUAAAGGAUGUAGUGUAUAUAUUGACCUAUAAAAAUCAUCGUCAUGGAUGACUGACUCUUCAUUGCCACGGAGUCUUCUAUCAUUCACCAUCAUCUAGAUAGAAAUGAAAAAAACAUUUCCAUAUGUGUAAAAAAAAAAAUUUAGAACAAAAACCACAAUAAAGUUUGUACAUUAUUUUA